AUUUGACAGUCUUGCAUUGGAUUGCACUGAUAUUUUUCAAUUGCAUUGACUAUUCUAGCGAUUAUCGAUUUCAUGUAUAUUAAGUAGUUGAAUCUCUUAAUAGAUGCAUUUCUUUAAAAAUAGUUCGGCAAAAUGAUGAUCACAAUAUAUGGGUUACCUGCUACUAUUAAGUAUCAGGAUUUGAAGAUAUUAAUUAGUCGGGAAUGCAAUAUUAGCGACUUUAUACUGGACUAUCUCGUCAGUGAUGGUGAUGGCACUAAAAAAGUGAGAGUCGGCUUGGCGGACGAUGCCGAAGGCAACCACCUUAUGAAAUAUUUAGACGGUUAUCGCUUGUCUGGACAUGUCUUAAAACUUGUUCCAGUUGGCAAAUCUGCUACCGCAAACAAUCAACCACAAACAUAUCCACCGAGGGGUAAUUUUUCACAUAGUGACUAUCCCAAUCAGACUGCCAAGACAGUAGAGCCUAAACUGUCUUGGUCGGGAAAUCAAUGGCCGACGAAUCCUGUUCAAAAUACAUACAACUACCAACAGCCUCAGGCUUUAAACACUCAGUAUGUGCAAUCUCAAUCCACUCAGCCGGCCAAGCAGUUUGAUACGCGGGAGAUAUCAACUGCAAACCGAGCGCAGUCACAAACAAAUGUAUCACAGAACUAUAGUUAUCCAAGUAAAACCAACUUGAUAAGUCUAGGGCCACACAGAAAUGUUACGUCACUUCCGACGAAUGUUCCGGAUGCGUCUAAUCGUAUCCAAGCCAACAGAUAUCCGGGUUACGAUGGACCUGAAAAGCCUGUAUUGAUUAUGAAAGAGAACUUCCGAGGUCCACAGUCAAAUCAAUUCAUCAGCACACAGACGGUUAAUUAUCCGAACCAAUCAUGGUCGGGGCAGCAGGUACAAAAACCAUACGAGAAACAUUCACAAACAUUUGACAAAAAAUAUAAUGAGAGAAAAUAUCCUCAGAACCAAACCGCCACGGAUGUGACUAAAGACAGUUUUAAAUAUGAUCGAUCGGGAUAUCAGAAGUAUCCGGAUGAGAGACGAAAUUCACCCAACAGACAAAACGAUCGUUUAUCCGUUCGGAACAUUGAACGCCAAUCCGAUCGACAUGUCGCUAGACCAUCCGAUCGAGAUUAUGAUCGGUCAUCUGACCGACACAUCCGACCAUCCGACCGUAAUAUAGAUCGAUCUUCCGAGAGGCAUGUAGACAGAUCUGGUCGAAAUAUCGAUCGGCCGGAAGGAAAUAUUAGUAUAUCAUCAAAUCGGAACGCUGAUCGACCGUAUGGUCGUGAUAUCGAUCGACCAGCCGACCGAAAUAUCAACAAACAAACAGGCAUAUCAAGAAUAUCACCUACAAGACAAAGACAAACACCAGUAUCUAGAAUCGAUGACAGGUUUUCACCAAGUAGAAAUCGUCAACAAUCACCUCGAAGAAGAUUAUCUCCAUUAACGAGGAAAGAAGAGUACGCUAGUAGAAGACCUUCCCCGCCAGCAAUAACACCGGUGGAUAGACUGGCAAGUCGUCAAUCUCCGACAAGGCAGGCCGGAUAUUCACCACGUCGCACAGACAAGCCCAGGGAAUUUAACGAAAAUAGAGUCAAAGAUGUCAGACCAGCUUAUGAGCCACAGGCGUCCAAAGCAGCUAUGUACUCAGGUGGUUAUCGUCCAAACGUCCCAGUGGACGUGCAAUAUCCGAGAAAAGAUUGGAAAGAUAGGGAAAAACAGUUUUCACCUAAAAAUGUCCUCGAGGAUAGGAGGGAUAUAGUUAGGAUGCAGAACUUUGAUAUACCUAGGGCUUCUGAACAACAAAGAAUGGAGGAAGAAAAGAAGCGAUCACAAUCGCGUAAUUCAAGAUCUCCGAGGAGAGAGAAGUCUCCGGGCCGCCACAGGAGACAGUCACCAUCAUCACGUUCGCCUCGUAGAGCUUGGGCGCUUGAGAAACGAAGGAGUCCGGAAGGCCGCGAACCCCCACCACCUCCAGCAUGGCCUGGACAAGAUGGAGGGGAACAAGAAUAUCAGCAGAGAUCGAAAUUGACGGACAGAGAUGUCGUCAUGAAGGUUCCGGUGUGGGAGUGUAAAAAAACGGACAAUUAUAGUAAGACUGACAGGCGCAAUUUUGAAGAGCAGAGAAAUAGGAAGGAACUUUCAAAAUGGAAACCUGUUCCUCCAGUUAAUUCGGAAGAAAACACUCGGUUUUUGGAUGAUGACCGAUAUCGAAAAGGUGGUAAAUAUGGCAGAAAAGAGCCGGAAAGGAGACGCACCUUAAGCCGCGAUGAUGGUGAACGCAAGUCAUAUUCUGAAAGACAUGAGAAAGAUCUCUCUCGAUCAGAACGCGAUGGCGCUCGCUAUAAACCUGAUUUUUCUCGUGAAGAAUAUGCGGGAAGAAUAGAAGAAAAAAAGAAAGAAAUAUUACAUAAACAGGAACAAUUGCAAAAAGAGAUAGACGAAGUUUAUAAACGGGCUGUAGAUUUUACAAAAAAAGCUGAGAUGUAUAAGAAAGGUGAAAUGAAUAAAGAUUUUCAUUUCAAAGAAGAACGUCAUCGAGAGGAUAGGGAAUAUGAAGAACGUCCACACUACUCAUUCGAUGAAAAUCGACGUGGCCGUAAUCUAGACAGACCCAAUGAACAUAAAUCUAGCAAUUUUGGAAAAUCUCGUGAUCCUGAAGAUUUUGAAAGAAAAUUUGGUGUGAACGCAGCUAUCAAAAUAAAGAGACUCAAAGCCACUGACGAAAUAUCAGAGAAAAUACUUCAUCAGUUUGCAGUAAAUAUACCCCCAGAUUUUAGAAAAAGAGUCAGUGAAGAGUUAAAGCUCUCUGUCGCAAAAAUAUUAUUGGAAAUGUUCGGUGAGAAGGACGUUUCAUUUAUAGAGAUGUUAGUUAAAUUUAAUGCUAGGCAUACACAAAAAGACGAAGAAAGAAUUUUCGAAGAUGUUAUGUCUUGUUUACCAAGUCACUUCAAAACUAUAAAAAGAUCUGCUCAAGAUAAUUCGGGGAUACCUGCUAAAGUGUCCAGGCGCUCAGCAGACUUAACCUUAGAUACAGAUGUCUGCGUGAAUAAGCCAACUAUUUCAGAUUGGAAUUAUGGUCAAUUAGGUAGUAUUAUACCAGGAAACGUCAUGGUCGAUCCAACAUUAACGCAGAUGGCUGCGUCGGGUUUAUUAUUAAAUACUCCCAUCAUGGUCCCUAUUUCUACACAAUAUCCAGUAAUAACAGCGUACCCUGACACGUCUAAUAUAAAAGAGGAGGACGAAAGUGAUGGCCACACUUUAUAUCUGUGCAAGGAUAAUUUUCAGACUAUCUCGGAAUAUGAGAUUGAUCAAUUGAAGAGUUUUUUGAUUAAGCAGCUGGUUGAGGUUACAGAAACAUCCCAAGGUUGGGCGCCGGACUUCACUCUCAGCAAUCAGCGCAAUACACAUCGUCAUGAAGUCUUUACGCGCGAUCAGCGCUCAAAGGAUUGGCUUUUGAACCUAGAUUUCAGUGACUUCACUGUAUUCAAGGUGUUAGUUUACACUUCGGAGGAGUUGUGGUAUGAACGUGCUGCUAUAUGGUUACCAGGUCAUUCUAGGCAUCGCAAAUUCGAUCCGCUGACCAAACUUAAGUUACAGAACAGGAAAUUGGAAGGUGUCAAUAUAGGUAAGUGGAAGUUUAUAAAGAGGAUCAUCACGGCUAACGGCACACGGAUAUAUGUGGAUAUGCCGCCCUCGUCCGCACGUGCUUUGGAGAAACACAAAAUGUUGUUGAGUUAUGAAUUACAGAAAGUUAACGUUUUUUUUAAAGCUGUUGCGAUAGAUAAGAACGCUUUCGAUGCUGGUUUAAAUGAACCAUCCAUAGAGAUACCCCUUACUCCAGCCUCCUGUCCUAUGCCGUCUCUUGGGCAGGAUCCAAGAAUUAUUAAAUUUGCACUGAAAGGCAACAAACCAUUCAAUUUGGGGAUGGCGAGGAAAAUAAAGGAUAUAAUCUUGUUUAAAUUAUUUAAAUACCACGAGCUAGAAGGCAGAAGUAGAACCGAUUUUGAGAAAUACGGAUUUUGCCAGCCCGGUUAUUUUGGUAUUUUACCAGAAAAUGAAGAAUCCAGAAAAUGGUUGGUCUCUUUAGAUAUACCAAGGAUUAAUCGACAACCUGUAGUCAUUGUAGGAGCCGAUGAUAUAAAAGGAAAAUUUUUUCGAAUGAAUAUUGUUAUGCCGAACUAUUACAAUCUCAAACCGGCUUUAGCUUUUGAACGUCUGCGUCAGAGUAACCAAGGAGUGAAGGGUAUAAAUUUUAAUAUGUGGAAAAACCUGAACGUUAUAAUCUCAAGAAGGGAAGGAAAGGUGGGGCUUGAAGUCGACAUGGAUUUGGAAUCCGUUGAGACUUUGUCUAAAAUUCACUACCAGCUCGAUUAUGUGGCUGAGGGCCAUAUUAAGACCUUUAAAGUUGAGUCGCAGUUUUCUCAAGACCGUUUGGAAGAAAUGAUUAGGCAAUAUAAAGACGAACUCAUUGACUCCUAUGACGUUCACAACAUGGAUCUAGCGUCGGAUUCAGAAGAGAGCAUCGUAUGUUUAGAUUAGUUUGGGAAGGUCUCUUUGUUUCUCGUAAUAUUUUCUCUCGAACUGGACUCAGCUUGAAUUUGAUACAAUAAAGAUUAAAAGUCAAA